GUCAAGCUGAUGGCGCGCCAAAAGAAUGAUAACAAUCCGCAUGCUUUGAACUAACGCCAUGACGCUACCGAAGUCCAGUGACGAGGCCCCAUCCGUCUUGCCCGGCGAGCUAGUCCAUCACCUUCAGACGGUCCUGCUAGAUCUUCAGGCUUAUCCUUACCCCGAGAUCCCCAAUCCUCAGGGCGUGCCGAAGCGUGCCAGCGUUGCAGUCAUAAUUCGCAUCCGGCCUGAUUACAGUCACUGGCCUGCUGCCUCGUCCCUCUCAGCACAAUCGCGUCAUGACUCUUCCAUUGAUGAUCCCGCCGAAAGGAUCAAGUCCUUCUUUAACCAGCCCUGGGUCCAGCACGGUGACCCUGAGGUCCUCUUCAUAAAGCGUGCUGCUCGCAAGGGCGACAAGUGGACGUCGCACGUCGCCUUUCCAGGUGGCCGUCGUGACCCUGAGGAUGCAGAUGACGCAGCAGCCGCGGUGCGCGAGGCCAGCGAAGAGGUUGGCGUCGAUCUCUCCACAGAGUUCGCAGUGCCGGCUGGAAACCUUCCCCAGCAGGUGGUGAGCGCUGAAUGGGGCAAAGUACCGCUGAUGGUUUUGUGCCCAUACGUGUUCCUUAUGACUGCCCAUUCGAUACCACCUCUAAGGCUGCAGCCCACAGAAGUUGCCUCUGCGCACUGGGUGCCGCUGCGUGCGCUGCUCUCUCCAAAGCAGCGCACAUUCUGGCUCCAGGACGUUUCGUCGCGCACUUCGCAGCAAGAUUUUGGACUUACGCGCACUCUCCACCGUCUAAGCAUCGGCGACAUGAUGUUCGCCGCUGUGCGACUCAUUCCUUCCGAGUCCGUCUACUGUUCCAGCAUCCCCGAAUUCCUACCUCCCGAACCACUUCACUCUGAGCCCCUUUCCUUGAAUUAUACGGCCCCCCUUUGGGGGCGCGGUCGCCUUCCGCCUGCGCCCGCGGAUAGCCCAUUGCUUCUGUGGGGUUUGACUCUUGGCAUAAUGGGCGACUUCCUCGACAUGAUGCCUCCUUACAACGCGCUCCGUGCUUGGACAUAUCCUACUUUCACCACGCUCGAUGUGAGAAUCAUUCUGCAUCUGAUGACGCAUUGGUAUAGGAAGGAGCGUGAAAGGGAGCUAGAUGAGCAUAAAAUCAGCUUCCGGUCUGUGGAGGAGCUGGCCCAUAAAGCGGGUCGACCAGCGGCUAGGCUAAGGUCGGACCAGAGAAGAAGCGAUUCUAAUAAUGUGGGACUACUGUUGGCUGGAUAUUACAAAUUAGUCAGAAGAGCGGUCUUGGUCACGUUUGUGGUGAGAGCGGUAUCAGCGUCGCUCAUCUUCGUCCUACUGUGGAAAAAGAGAAAGAACUCGUUGGUACAGAGAUUGCUAAGUAGGCUGCUAUGGCGGAGAUAAGACAUUUGGAAUAGCUCCAUAUCGUUCAUCUAAUCCGUGGUUAUUACGCUGCCACAUGUCUCACGUGGCAUGCCUGAGCACUAGCUCUACAUGUAUGUAUAGGUGUUGCAGAAACAUCACAUGAUCUCUCUCGUAAAAGAUUGCAUUUUGUGAAAACCAACCACAAUAUAUACACAAUAAUAUACAAUAUCAUCGUAAG